AUCCAAAGACAAAAAUUUUCUCGUCUAACUUCAAUCCAAUCACUUAAAAAUGGCGCUUUUCUGUGGAGCGACGGAUCGUCCAUGCUGAUUCCGACAACAAAACCUGAAUACCCACACCAAGAUGUCUCGUCCAAAGCACUAUGAGCCUGGAGACAAGGUUUUUGCCAAGAUGAAAGGAUGGCCCUUUUGGCCAGCAAGGGUUGAUGAUGUACCAGAAGGUGGUGUCAAGCCACCACCAAACAAAUAUCCAAUAUUCUUUUUUGGCACACAUGAAAGUGCUUUCAUGGGAUUUAAGGACCUGUAUCCAUACAAGGAAUUUAAAGAGAAGUUUGGCAAACCCCACAAACGCUUUGAAGCAUUCAACAUUGGCCUAUGGGAAAUAGAAAACAACCCCCAUGUCAAGUUCCAUGGAUUACAUCCUGGAUCUUCAACUGAUGAUGAGGCAGCUGAUGGAGCAGUCAAGACAGAAGAAGAUGAGAUAGAUAUGGAGGAGGAGGCGGAUUCUGAUGGAGGUUUGGUUGUAGAUGAAGGAGCAAAGAAAUCAAAACCAAAGGAGAAGAAACAGUCUCAACCAAGAAAAAGAAAAGCAAGUGGAGAAACUAAAAAGGCCAAACCGAAGAAAUCUCGCAAAUCAUCAGGCAGUGUGAAAGCUCAACCUGUAGCAGAUGAUGAUAUAGAUGAAACUGAUUAUGAUGCUACACCAUCAGAAAAUGACAGUAGUGGGGAGGAAUUUUCACCUAAACAAAAGAAGGGUCGGAAGUCUGAAGGUAAAGGUAGCAAGAAGUCAAGAUCUCAAGUGGACUCUGAAGAUGAUGAUGAUGAGGAAGUCAAAUCAGACAAAGACUCAGAUGAAGAGGAUGAUGAUUUUGAGAAGACUAAGAAGAGCAAAAAGAAAACACCUGCCAAGAAACAAUCUCCAAAAGAGAAGAAACCCAGAGCAACUCCCAAAUCAAGUGCCAAAAAGAAGCCACCUCCUAAGCCAGCAUUAGAUUCAUUAAGUGAUACGUUAUCAAGCAGUGACAGUGAACCAGACUUCCAUUCAUCCUGGAAGAAAAAAGAUGAAGAGAAAAAAAGGAAGAUUGAAGAAAUGAAGAAAAAGCAAGAACAAGAACAGCUGAAAGAGAUGAGAGAAAGAGAACGUUUAGAUGAACAGAAAGAAAAACUUGAAAAGGCCAAAAAGAAGGAGGAGAAAAAGAAGAGAAAGUCUUCUGAGAGUGAAGAAAAAUUGAAGGCUGCAAAAGAAGAAUUGAAAGAAGAGGUGAAAAAAGAACCACAGUCAAGUGAUGAUGAAAUCCAGAAAGAAAUAGCACCAAAGAAAAAAGAAAAAGGUGAAGGAAAGUCAAAACAAAAGAUUGAAUCCGAAGAGGAGGAAGAAGAAGAGGACCAAAACAAAGAUCAACAGAAUGAAGGUGAUGAUGAUAAGGAUGAAGAUUCAAAAGCUGACAGAAUAAAGCGAAAAGAAGAGAAGGAAAAGGAAAAAGAACGGAAACGUUUGGAAAAAGAGAAGAGGAAACAGGAGGAAAAGGAAAAGAAGAAAGAAGAAAAGUUAAAGAAGAAACAAGAUGAAAAGAGAAGAGAAUUGGAGAUGAAGAAGAAGCGGGAAGAGGCUAAAAAGAAAGAAGAGGAGAGAAAGAAAGCUGAAGCCAAGAGGAAACAAGAAGAAUUGAAAAGAAAACAAGAAGAGAAGAGGAAAAAAGAAUUAGCUGCCUUCAAGGCAAAGGAACUUGAACGGAAGAAAGUAAAAGAAGGAUUUUUGAAAGACAAGCAUAAAGAAACUGAAGAAAAGAUUGAAACAUACCAUGUGAGCCUCAAGCAGUCACUUGCACUCGAUAAUCCAGAGCCAGCACGUAGCUUGCAGAUUAUGGCAAACAUUGACCAGAUAGUUGAUCGCUUGACACCUAGUCUUCUAAAAAAACAUGUUGACUUUGUGCAGACAAUAAAAAAGGUGCGUAAAUACAAGUCUAGUGAUGCAGUUCGCAAGAAGGCAGAAUAUCUCUAUAACAAGCUUAAACUAGUGUUUCUCAUGCAAGAUUCUGAGAGUGCGGCACAGCUUAAGAAAGAAAUGGAGAAUGAAUCAAAGAAGGCGUCUCAAACACCUAAAUCAGAUGAUAAAGAAAACAGACUUAGUGAGCCUGUGACUGAAAUGAAAACAGAUGAGAAAGAUUUGGUGAAUGAAAGCAGAGCAGAGCAUGCCAAGGAAAAUGGUGAUAUGGACACUAGUGAAGUUACGACAGAAAAAUCAGAACAGCAUGUCAUACAAACAGAUGAAGUCGAUAAAGAAUUGGCUCAGAAUGAAUCUGCGAACUCUACUGAAAUUGAUGGAAAGGAUGAAUAUGUUGACAUUGUACCGACUGAAGUAUCACCUAAUCCUGGAGAUGAUGUUUCAGAGCAGAAAGAGACUGAUCAAGAACCAGCUGUGAAUGAGGAAUCCUAUGUAGAAAGUGUAGAUAUUAAGGAGGAAGCACAAGAACAAGAGCAAAGUCAAGAGGAGGAGGAGGAUAAAGAGAAAAAAAAGUCAAGUGAAUCACCAGAAAAUGCAUUUGGACGUGAUAUUUUUUCAGGAUCUAGUUUGGCAAGGGAUUUGUUGAAGCGGGCAGCAGAGGAAGGAUUAGUGAAUUUGGAUGAAGAAAAAUCAGAUGAAGUGGAGCAGGUUGAGGCUGAAGAGAAAGAGGAAGGUGAGAUAGAUGAUGAUGAUGAUGAUGAUGAAGAUGGCGAUGGUGAUGAUAUGGCUUUAGCAACUCCUGAUAAUGACAGUGAUGAUAUGGAGCUUGAAACUCCUGAAGAACAAACAGUUGAAAAGGAGAAACAGCCUGAAGAAACUGAGGAAGAAACUGAAGAAGAAUCAAGGCUAGGAGAAGAUUGGUGGGAGCGUGCUCGUUCAUUGCUUCAGUCUCGGCAAGGAUUUGAAACUAUUGAUCAGAGCAAGUCAAAAGAUGGUGUUAAAAAGAUCAGUGGGACUAGUAACCUUCCAUUGCCAAGCACAGACUCUUCAAACAAAAAGAAUGAGAGCCGUCAACAUAGAUGGGAAAGCUCAAGAACUGAACCUUCAAAGCAUAAGCGAGAAUCAUCCAGAUCAGUAUCUGCAGUAUAUGGCAGUGCAAACAGGAAAGCACACAGCAGUAUUCCUCCAGAGUAUGGCAAAGCUUUGAAGAAGCAAGACUCAGAUGAUGAUGAUGAUGAUGAUAUUCCUCCAGAGUAUGGACAAGCAAACAGGCAUCAAAAUGUUGAUGACGAUGAUGAAGUGGAUGAUGAUGAUGUCCCUCCAGAGUAUGGCAAAGCUCUACGUCAGCAGUCCGAUUCAAAGUCUUCCUCCUGGAAGAAGGCACCUGUUUCUGUGCCUCAGGAUGUUCAGAGGAUACCUGUCUUGGGUGCUCCAUCUUACCCAGUGAUACCACACCAACCUAUCCCACCUCAUGGUGAUGACAUGGACAUCUCUGAUGGGGAACAAGAACAAGACAGGCCCAAGGACAAAGACCAUGCAUUUAGUGAUGACUGCAUGGACACAGACUCUGAUUGACCUGUAAAGAUAUCUUCUGUACAGUUGGUGUGAUGGCUGCUACCUGAUCACAAUGGUACUCGUGUGUCAGUAUGAAGAUCAAGGAAGAUCAUAGACAAUAACCUGUAAACAUGAGAUCUUGUUACAUGGUGUGUUUUUUAUAUGAAAGAGUUUCUACGUGAUUUAGCAGCUCUU